AUGAGCAGGCCAUCAACUACCGAUUUUUGGAGUAGUUGUGAAUAUAGAGCCCUCAAGUCGCGCACUGAUGCUCUGCUCAACAACACGGUUGUGUCGGAACCCCCCAUCACAGCGCCACUCCCGACCCUGCUCACCUCACAGAUCUGGCUCAAUGGAGUGCUGCCACCAUCCAUUCCACCUUCUUUCCCUGCACCCCCCUCAUCCACACUGUCAAGUCCAUCACGGAAAUUGGCCUCAUGGAUGUUGCCAAAUAAAGAAAGACGCCAUAUUCGGACUCAUACAGGCGAGAAGAAAUUCCAAUGCCCAAUAUGCGGGAAGCGGUUUAUGCGCAGCGACCAUCUAAGCAAGCACCGCAAGACGCACAGGCCUACUGAGGGUCCAAAUGCACUUCUUGAUGCCGUUGAGAUGACGGUGACGUGUGCAAUCGCCGCGGAAAAAGGCUCCAUGAGGAGAAACGGUAUUCCAAACAGCGAUUUUGCCUCCGAAGGAAACGACAGGCUUCUCCUCGAAGGAAGGGGAUUUGCAGAUUUAGAUUCGCGACAUGGCAUCAAAAAAAGAAGACCUGGUCGGUAUUCAUAA